GCAACUUUCCUCCUGCCCACUCUUCUCUUGAUACCGUAAACAAAAGUUAAAAACGUACUAUGUGUUCUUGAUGUUUAAUUAUAAGAAAAUCUCUUUACUGUUGUGUUGAUCCAAUACCAUCUUUGAGGAUGAGUGAUAAGAAUCCCCCUACUGUGAACCAGCAAGCUCUCCUGGAGCAGUACCUGCUUCUCGCCAAAUCAGCCAAAGGGGCCGCAGCGGUGGAACUCAUCAAGCAGGUCCUGGUUGCUCCCGGAAUUUACGUCUUCGGCGAAUUGCUGGACAUGCCAAACAUACAAGAGUUAAAUUCCACGCAGUACUCCCAAUACUACCAGCUUCUGCAUCUAUUUGCUUUUGGAACAUAUUCUCAAUAUUUAGAAACUAAAUCUCAAUACCCAGAAUUAACGCCUGCAAUGAUCAAUAAAUUACGGCACCUCACUAUUGUGUCGUUAGCUACCAAAGAUAAGUGCAUACCUUAUUCUAAACUUCUAAAAGAGCUUGAUAUGAAAAAUCUUCGUGAAUUAGAAGAUCUAAUAAUUGAUGUGAUCUAUGCAGACAUUGUUAGAGGUAAAUUGGACCAAAAAAAUAACAGGCUAGAAGUGGACUACACUUUGGGUAGGGACAUAAGGCCUGCAGACAUUGACAUUGUGAUCCAAGUCCUCCAAGAAUGGUCUGAUAGCUGUGAAACUGUUCUAAAUAAUAUAGAAAAUCAGAUAAUAAAAGCUAAUACUAUGAAAGACAACCAUCUCAAACUUAAACAACAAAUUGAAAAUGAAGUUUCCUCUAUUAAGAAGAAUUUAAAAACUCAAGCUCAAGAUGGAGAAGUUGUGGAAGAAAUGAUUGAAGUUGUUCAACCAGAAAAGCCUUCCAAGAAAAAGCCAAAUGGCAAAAAAAUCAAAGGCAAUAGUAAGUUUUGGUCAAAAUCAUGAACAUCCCUUUAAAGAGUAACAGUUGCCGAAAGAUACAAAACAGAACAUUGUGUGGCUGUUUCCACCACUUGAAAUGAAGAUGAACAGAGAGAAUGUGUGUGGUUUUCAAUGUGAAAUUAACUUUAUUUUAAUGUCAGGCCUGCAACUGCCAGUCCUGUCAUGUUACUCGUCUCUUCUCCGAAACUAACGCAGUCGAACCUGUCUGUCUCGAACUACGCACAAAGGAAGUAAAAUUGAAGAUAGGGAUAAAAAUUUCGAUGAAGUUUUAGCAAUGUGUGAUUGGAACCAAGUCACAAAGGCAACAUAUUACUUAGAUUAAAAUACUCCUGCAGUAAUAUUGUUGGACCAUUUUACUGUCUGAUUCAUACUAAAGUAAUUAUAUAUUUUUUUAAAUUUUAGUAAUUGCAAUGAUAUUACCUUUAGAGGGUAAGCAUAGAUUUUCAUUCAAAAAUGUUCCUUUUUUUGGCAUUAUCAUCCAUGAAAAGAAUUUAAACUACUGGAGCAACAUAAACUCGGAAAGCAAAUACAUUUCUUGAUGGUCUCAAAGCGAAACUCAAAAAGCUCACCACUUACUUUAACCUUUCUCUGAUUUUUUUUGUCCCUAGUGGCAUUAAUUCUCAGAAAACUUGCUCAUUAUACAUAGGUUAUAUAUAUAUUAUGUAGGCUCAUUAUACAAUUGCCCACCCCACAAUUAAAGGGGAAUUUGUGGGACACAAAAAGUGCCUUCUGAAUGGGGCUAAAGUUACAACUGCAGCAGAGAAAUAAAAAAAAAUAAUAAUAAAAAA